AAAGAAAGAAUAAAUAUUUUCUUAUCAAGGUAUCACGACAAAGAUUUAAUUUUCUUCACGAAGAAAGUUUUGUUACACAAUGUUUGGAUGAUGGAAAAUCAUUUACCUCUAAAUGAGAACAAUAUUCUCGUACAAAUAAAAAAUGUACUCCUUAUUCUCGAUUCAACCACGUAUACAAUUUUAACACCGGAAGUGAAACAAUUAAAUCAAUUUCAUAAUAUCAAUUUAUGCCUAGCAUGUUACUGUAUCAUUACCAGUCAGCUUUACAAAAACAAAAAAGUAGAUCGUUAUGCUCACGGGAGAUGAUGGUAUGGGAGCACUACAAAACGAUCAGCUGCUGCUGAGUCCCACCAGUUUCCUCUCGAAUCUGGUGUAAGACGAUACUGCAAAAGGCUUCAGUGUAGCGCGCCAUUUGAAACUUUCGGGUGCUCGACAAUGCUCCCAUCGUUUCUCGUGCCUAUGCUCUGUCAUUUGUAUAUUGUUCGAAGAGGAGAUACUAUAUUGCAUCUGACUCUGCUUCCUACCGGUACGUGCUUCUAUUGCUGCCCUAUACGAUUGAAUCAGGACGUCCAAUUUCUAUUGUAUACCAGGCGGAAUCCAACGUAUCCAAAUGUACUGGAUUUUAAUGAUGCCACAACGUUGCAGAAGAGUAAUUUCAACGUUAAACACCCGACUAUCAUGUACAUUCACGGAUACAGCGAUAGUAGUUCAGGAAAAGGUCCUACUUCUGUACGAAAUGCUUAUCUCCGUCGUGGGCACUAUAACGUGAUACUGAUAAACUGGCCUAAAUUGGCGGUCUUACCAUGGUACAUAUCGGCAGUGAGAAAUGCCAAAGUCGUCGGACCUUACUUAGCACACAUGAUAAGUUGGCUCGACGCACAAAAAGCUGUCUCUUUAUCCAAACUUCAUGUGAUCGGCUUUAGCUUAGGCGCGGAAGUUGCUGGUUUUAUGGGAAAGGCUCUGGCACCUCGAAAGAUAGGUAGAAUCACCGGAUUGGACCCGGCUUAUCCGUUAUACAUGAAUACCGGGGAGGACGGUCACUUGACAUGGGCUGACGCUGUCUUCGUCGAUGUCAUUCAUACUGACGGCGGCAAUUUUGGAUUCCCUCAACCACUUGGUCACGUCGAUUUUUACCCGAACGGCGGCGGGAGACGACAGCCCGGUUGCGAUUUGAAGAGCAUUGUUCGCAUGGGCUUCAGGAGAAUUAUAAAUCAAUAUAUUACCUGUGGACACAAUCGAGCAUGGCGUUAUUACGCGGAAUCAGUGGAGAACCCCUACGGAUUCCCCGCGAGUCGAUGCCCAAGAUGGCGACCCGGGAUUCUAGCGAGCUGCGUAUGGAAACCUGAGGCUUACAUGGGUUUCGCAGCUGAUUCCAAGUAUCGGGGAAAAUUUUACUUGAGCACGAACUCACGAUCACCGUAUGCCAGGAAUUUGACAGAUCGUAAACUUAGCAUAUGAGAAUCAUGCGAUAAUCUUAAUUUGGAUGAACCAGAUUAAGAAGCGGAACGAUUUUUCAUGUUGAUUACUCCCACCAGGAUAAUUGUCUUGGAUGAAGCUUGGGAGAAUAAAAAAGAUAUUUCUUGUACUUCUUAUACGAUGUGUUUGCGGGAAAGUUUGUAUUCCUGUCGUUAUCUCUUUAGUAUUCUCUAUAAACGAUUCGCGGCUUCAAUUAGUUGUACUUUUUCUUUAGAGGAUUACUAAAGCGAGGACGGAAAUAUUUUUUCCCUAGAAUAACAAACAAACAAGAUUCGUGAUGGAACGUGGUUUGGUGUAGCAGCGAUAUCGAAAAGCUUGAUUCGAAUUGAUAAGUUGAAAGGAAACAACUAGUUCCGACUGUUUUAAUGCCAAGUAUUACGAUCUCGUGCCAGAUAACAGCGCAUUGUUUACAACAUUUAUCAUUCUAAUUUUAAGUGUCAAUGAUAUACGAGUAAUAGUCACAUAACAUGAUUAUAUAGUUAUACGUCCAUACAGGUAAAAUACGUGACUGAAACUUUACAAUAGUAAAACAUGACCUGAAGAAUACUUUUACGUGAUAAAUGAUAUUAAAAAUA